AUGACACCCGCUGGCCAACAAGCCCCCAACUCCUCCACCGAACCUGAAAAGACUCCCGAAUACGCAUCCAUCAUCCCCCAACCACGCAGCAAUGAAAUCAACCAAGACCGUCUCCAACUCCAACGCACAGUCUCUUCCGUCAGCCAACACCACGACAUGGCCAACGUCCAAUACAUCGCCACCGGCGACAACGACGUCAUCUACAACAAAUUCACCGAGCGCCGCAAAAUGGUCAUUGUAGCCGUCGUCUCCUUCUGCAGUUUCCUGGCUCCGAUCUCCAGUACCACGGUGCUGUCUGCUGUUCCUGAGGUUGCGGAGACGUUUGAUACGGAUGGGAGUAUUAUUAAUGUGUCGAACGCUUUGUAUAUGCUUUUCAUGGGCCUGUCGCCUUGUUUCUACGGUCCGUAUGGGAAUAUCUAUGGUAGGAAGUGGGUUAGUGUUGUGAGCGCUGGGUUGUUUACUGCGUUUUCGAUUGGGACGGCGUUGGCUCCCAACCUGGCUUCUUUCUUCGUAUUCAGGAUCCUCACUGCUUUUCAAGGCACGGCUUUCCUUGUAAUUGGUAGUGCGGUUAUUGGGGAUAUAUAUAAACCGACAGAACGCGCAACAGCCCUAGGCUGGUUCCUCAGCGGCACCCUCAUCGGCCCCGCCCUCGGCCCCUUCAUCGGCGGCAUAAUCGUAACAUUCCGUUCCUGGCGCGACAUCUUCUGGCUGCAAACCGCCCUGGCCGGUGCCGCAACCCUCUUCUGCUUCUUCCUGCAACCCGAAACCAUCCACAAGAAGCGCGCCGAUGAACUCGUCGGCUUACCCACCAGACAACGCGCACACAAAAUGUGGCAAUGGCUAAACCCGUUCCGCGUCGUAAAACUAUACCGGUACCCGAAUAUCCUCUUAACGGCACUGGCGAGUAGUAGUCUCGUGUGGAAUAUGUAUAGUUUGUUAACGCCGAUUCGCUACGUCCUAAACCCCCGCUUCAACCUUCAAUCCCCCCUCCAAUCCGGCCUCUUCUACAUCGCCCCCGGCUGCGGCUACCUCCUCGGCACCUUCUUCGGCGGCCGCUACGCCGACCACAUCGUCAAGAAAUACAUCCAGCGCCGCGGCCACCGCGUCUCCGAAGACCGCCUCCGCUCCUGCGUCUUCUUCCUCGGCGGCGUCAUACCCGCCUGCAUGCUCGUCUACGGGUGGAGCGUCGAGAAGCGUGUGGGAGGCAUCGCGCUGCCUGUUGUAAUGAUGUUUCUCCAGGGUGUGGCGCAACUGUUUUGUUUUCCGUCAUUGAAUACGUAUUGUUUGGAUGUUAUGCAGGGGCGCAGUGCGGAGGUUGUGGCGGGGAAUUAUUUUAUGCGGUAUAUGUUUGCUGCGGCUGGGUCGGCUGCUUGUCUUCCUGCGGUGAGGGCGAUCGGCGUGGGUUGGUUUUCGACUAUUAGUGCGGGUUUCCUUGUUGCGGGGGCGGGCGCGACGUGGCUCACUGCGGUGAAGGGGAGGGAAUGGAGAGAGGCGAUUGAGGAGAAGAAAGCGCAGAGGAAGGAAGAGGCGUUGGCUUAG